CAGUUCGGGAUGGUACAACCCAUACCUGAACCUCCUGAAAAUACUGAGACGGAUUUCCGGAUGCACGUCAAUGCUAACCGUACAGGUGCUACCAACCGAGACUGGAGGCUUACACAUGUUUCGCAUGUUACCGCUUGGGAUAAUAGACUCGAUUAUAUUGUUGAUUAUCCAUAUGCCAGUGACAGUCAGACUACAGAAGAUGGUUAUUUUGAGUGGUAUGAACUGCACACACGUCGUUUCAUAUCACCGAUUACCCCAUCUGAUCGUACAGGAUUUCAGGUUGGAGGUCAGAUUUCAAUGGAUACAGUGAUUCAGCAUCUUCGAUCGUUGAUUGUUUCUGUUGAUGGCGGAGACAUGCCCCGGGAUGGCUAUCGUUCGUAUUUACCGACUCUCAGAACAUGUCUUAAUGUCUUAGAGUCUCGACACGGACCUUCAGAUAGGCCUCAAUCUGAGAUGCAUUAUACUCAGACUCACUCUCAGACUCAGACUCAGAUACCACUGUCUCAAAUGCCUCAGUCACAGACUCAGAUGUACGCUGGCGAGGCAGGAACUUCUUCUCGUGCAUAUUAUCCGGCAUUCGAUAAUUAUACAGAUCCUAGAGCACACGGGCAUCCAUCUGGUAUGUUUAGUACCUUUGAUUUUAUUUUUAAUAUUAUCUACAACUGUGAGUUUAAUUAUAAUCUCGUUGAUGCAGAUCCGUACACCCCAUACCCCUACUUUAAUCCGAAUAUGAAUUCGGAAGACCCAAUUCAUUUGGGGUCUACGCAUCAGUUUUCGUCUUCGCGACCGGUAGAUCAUCAGAUCACACCUAUUCCUUAUUUUGAAUCCGCAAAUUCUUCGAGUGAUGAGGAUGAACAAGUUGGUAGAGGGCACAGGACUAGAAGGCCCCCGAGAUGUGGCACCGGAGGUCACCGUCAUUGGUGAUAUUAUUAUUGUAGUUUAUGUUGGUUAUUUAUUAAAACUUUUUCGUAUUUUAGUUAUUCAAUAAAAAACAAAUUAAAUAAACUAAAGGAUUUAGAGACAAACAAUAUUUCCCAAUAAUUAGGCAUUUUAUUUUUAUUUAAUAAAAUAUGGAAAUCGGACGGAAUGGAUCGAAAAUGCCUUUUUUGGAAAUUUUCCAA